CACACACACACACACACACACACACACACACACACACACACACACACACACACACACACACAAACACAAACACACACUUACAUACAUAGACGGAUACAGUUUGAUACAGAGGGCAGCAGCUCACAGACAACAGGUGGUGGACUGGACAGCUAUUUGUCUAAUGUUUGUCUGUGUUUAUUUACUUUCAUUUAGUUCUUUGUUUUGACUUGUUUGCUUUUUCGCAAUUACUGAGCUGCAAGAUGUCAGGACUGAACAGUGACCAGCUCCAUCGAUCCACUCUGGGAAUAUAUAUGACUGUAAUGGACCAGUUCAAUCCCAGUCUGCAGAGGCUGGUGGCACUCGGGAAUAACUACAUUCAGGCUUUCCAAGCUCUGGCUGCAACCAGUGAAGACUACUUUAGUGCUCUUGGUAAGAUGGGUGAACAGGCCAUGCAGACAAUGUCAUCCCGUUUACUAGGUGACAUACUGAUACAAAUUUCUGAAAGUCAGAGAAGACUUACCAGUGAACUUGCAGGAGUGUUUCAUUGGUUCCACAAUGAAGUACUUCAGGAAAUGGAGAACAACAGCAGGCUGGAUAAAGACUUUAUAUUUGAGAGUAAAAGGCGCUAUGAGAUGGAGGUGAGGAACCAGGCGAUGGCCCUGGAGAGACAGCUGAGGAGAGGUGGUUCUCAGGAUGGUAAUGAGUAUGUGCAGUUCCUGAAGGAAAGCCACAGAGAUGCCCUGAGAGAACAGGAAAGAAGAUAUCGCUUUCUGGCUGAGAAACACUGUGGACUCACUCAAUCCAUUGUAUAUCUCAUGAACAAGACAGGGAACUCCCUACAGCAGAGAGCAGAGGGUUGGAAAGAGCAGGUGAAUCAGACACGGGGCUCUACAUCUCGUCCAGGCACCGCAUCCAAACUGGAUGGCAUGGAAGCGGAAGAUCAAGGUCAAGGGUGGGCAGAACAGCCUCUAGGCAGAGUGCCCUCCAGAGGACCAUCCCCCCAACCGACUCUAUCCCGCUCCAGCUCAUUUGGAGAACUUCGUGGAUUAGGUGCUCGUAGGAUGAUGCGAGCAUUGGUGCCCCAUCACCCGUCUCCUAAUUCUACCCUCUUGCCAUUCUCCAAAGGAGAAACCAUUACAGUACUCGUGAAAGAGCCUCGGAAUGGCUGGCUGUAUGGUUGUUCUGAGAGUACAACCCGACAAGGCUGGUUUCCUGCUGCAUAUGUUGGUACAGUGGAAGAAUCUCGACUGCCUGACUUCAGCGGCGGCUUUCUUAGAAGCAGCAGUAGCAUGAGCAACCUUCUUGACCAAUCAUCCGAACCGAACAACCGAACGAAUGCACCACCUCCACCUCCUCCACCACCUCCUCCAAGUCAAUCGAACAGCUCACGCUCCAUUACUCCCACUCCUUCUGAAAACAAAAGACAUGACACCUAUGGCCCUCGACCUGAACUUUUCCCAAGAGGUACAAACCCUUUUGCAACAGUGAAGCUGAAACCCACCAGAACCAACGACAGAUCAGGUCCACGCAUAUUAUAAUGUAUUCGACCAGCGAGAUCUGAGGCAUGGAAACAGGGCUCCAUCAGAGUUCAGCACAUCAUACUGUAAAUCUGUUUGCAGACUGAGCAGCUGUAUUCAACUGCCUCAGUUCAAUUCAGUUCAAUUCAAUUUAAAUGUAUUUGUACAGCGCUUUUUUACAAUGGACAUUGUCUCGAAGCAGCUUUACAGAACAUAAGAAACAUAUCAAAAGUUUAACAUUAUACAAAGAUU